AUGGCAGAUAGGGCUGUUAAAAUGGCAGAAGCUGGAUGCAAAUAUAUUGCAGUACUUGGUGUGGACUUCAUGUCUGAAAAUGUUGGUGCAAUACUUGAUCAGGCUGAUUUUAAGAAGCACAGUGGAAUAUAUCUUCAGGUCUCUGAACUUUUCAAAUUUUGUCUUGCUAUGAUCAGGGAGUUUGACAUAUAUGCAGUUUUGGAGGCAGCUUCAAAUUCACCUCCUUCAUUGCAUGUGAUCUACAUAAAUACUUCCUUGGAGACUAAGGCCUAUGGACAUGAACUAGUGCCUACAAUCACUUGUACUUCAUCUAAUGUUGUGCAGACAGUUUUUCAGGAUGGUAACUGCAUUGUGCAUGAUAUGUUUGGUCAUGAAGUAGUGGAGAGAAUAAAAGAGCUGUACUGUGAUGCAUUCUUAACAGCUCAUUUUGAAGUUCCUGGUGAAAUGUUUUCUUUGGCAAUGGAAGCAAAAAGGAGAGGAAUGGGAGUUGUACGUUCCACCCAAAACAUUUUGGAUUUCAUUAAAAACCAGUUGCCACAGUUCGUGGAUUACUGGGUUCAAGGGAAUCAAGAUGUAAAACAAUCUCCAGUCUUAUCGGAUUCAGUAUCAAGGACAUCAAUGAAUGGGUCUCAUGGUCUAAAUUCUGCUAUACCAAGUGAUAUCAAAGAACUUGCUGUUGUUCCCGGUGUUGCAAAUGGUGAAGGGUGCUCUAUUCAUGGAGGUUGUACUUCCUGUCCAUAUAUGAAGAUAAACUCACUAAAAUCGUCGUUGAGAGUUUGCCAGCAACUUCCCAACAAAAACGGCACUCUUCGUGCCUAUGAAGCUAACAGGUUUAAUACAGUAACACUUGGUGGAAAACCGGUUGUAGAUAUUGGAUGUGAGCCAAUUCUACACGAGGCACCUUUAGAUUAG